AUGGAAGCUGUUAAGAGACAGGAAGCUGAAUCCAAGAAGUCCUUUUGCAACUCAGCCGCCAUAGAAGAAAGAUUUGAAGACCAAGUUCCAGAAUGGAUGCUUUCAAAACCUACUGUUGAUUGCAUGAUUUGGCCUGAAGAGAAUUACCCAGAGAGAGAGUCCAAUCGAGCUAGAAAGAGAAGACUCUUCCCAAAGAUUAUCCCCAAGACAGAUAACUCAGGAAAGUUUGCUGUGCCUUGUAUCAUCAAAGGUAACAUUCUUGAGCAAUCUUUGUGUGACACAGGAGCCAAUGUGAACAUCAUGUCUAAGAGGAUAGCUGACAAGAUAGGCCUCACCAAGAUAGACCAUCAUCCAUCUCCAUCAACUAUGCUGAUUCAUUCUCACAAACCCCCUAUGGCUUUGUGCCUAAUGUGA